CAAAAACACACACAAGGGUCAAAUUGCCGCCACCGGAGUUGUAUCGGAGCUUCGAAUCGUCUCCGGCUGCUUCUUAGAGAGGGUGGGGAGAUUAUAAAAAGGUUUGUAUAAUCUAGAGGGGUUUUGUUGGAAAUGAGUGCCGAAGCUUUGCAAGUUGCUAAGGCGUACCGCCACCUUCUCAAAGCUGUGAAGAACCACGUCGCAAAAGAAGACGCCAAGCGGCAUUUCAGAGAUUAUGUGACUGAAGAGUUUAGGAACAACGGAAAACUGUCGGAUCUGUCUUCUAUCCAGCAGAAGAUUAAGCUAGCCCGUGAUUACACUUUUCUUCUCAACAGUGUGCAUCACCACAAAGACCUAUUGUUCUCAUACAACAUAGCCGUGGACAGAUCAGAUGAAAUGAAAAGAGUACUUGGAAAGUCGGCUGCAAGUGUUGGUCUCCAACUUCCAGAAGUUUACCAGCCUUGAUUCUAUUUCAGCAAAAUAUAUGCCUCCACCCAACUAUCACCUAUGUAAGCUGGGAAUGAAGCGCUAUUCAAGAACUAGUGUUGUUUGCUGCCAACAACUGCGCGCAAGGAACAAUCUUUUUGAGUGCGUAUCUAUCCUUGCAAAAUAAAUUCUUUUUUAGCAAUUGAAUUGAUAGUCUAUAGUCUGUACUCCGUAAUACUUUUCUAAGUGGUGAAGCUUUUUCAAUUUAAAAUCUGUGUCCAAUAAUAUGCUCUAUAAAAUCUGUGUUUUACGGCAAGAUUUCCU